UUCAAAUGUAAAAAUCAUUGAGACAAACACUGACCAGGUAAAAAAAAAAAAAAAAAAACAACAACUAAAAUAAACAGCAAAAAUGUCCGACGACGAAUUCAUGUGCGGUGAUGACGAAGAGGAAUAUGAUUUGGUUUAUUCAGAAGAAAGUAAUUCAGAACCUGAUGUGGACCUUGAAAAUCAAUAUUACAACUCAAAGGCUUUAAAAGAAGAUGAUCCUAAGGCUGCACUUGAAAGCUUUCAAAAAGUCCUUGAACUUGAAGGUAAAGAGAAAGGUGAAUGGGGUUUUAAAGCUCUGAAACAAAUGAUUAAGAUUAAUUUCAGAUUAACUAACUAUGAGGAAAUGAUGGUACGCUACAAACUGCUAUUGACAUAUAUUAAAUCAGCAGUUACAAGAAACUACUCUGAGAAGUCUAUUAAUUCAAUCUUAGAUUAUAUUUCAACUUCAAAGCAGAUGGAACUGCUGCAGGAUUUUUAUGAAACAACUUUAGAUGCUCUUAAAGAAGCCAAAAAUGAAAGACUUUGGUUUAAAACAAAUACUAAGCUUGGAAAGUUGUACUAUGAUAGGGGAGAUUAUCCCAGAUUACAGCGUAUAUUAAAACAGUUACACCAGUCAUGCCAAACUGAUGAUGGAGCUGAUGACUUAAAAAAAGGGACACAACUUUUAGAGAUCUAUGCUUUAGAAAUUCAGAUGUACACUGCCCAGAAAAACAAUAAAAAGCUAAAGGCACUGUAUGAACAGUCACUGCACAUUAAAUCUGCCAUUCCUCAUCCACUGAUCAUGGGAGUAAUUCGAGAAUGUGGAGGUAAAAUGCAUCUCAGGGAGGGAGAAUACGAAAAGGCACACACAGACUUCUUUGAGGCUUUUAAAAAUUACGAUGAAUCUGGCAGCCCGAGGAGAACAACUUGCCUUAAAUAUCUAGUUUUGGCAAACAUGCUUAUGAAAUCUGGCAUAAAUCCAUUUGAUUCACAAGAAACUAAACCUUAUAAAAAUGAUCCAGAAAUAUUGGCAAUGACAAACUUAGUCAGUGCAUAUCAAAAUAAUGAUAUAAAUGAUUUUGAGAAAAUCUUGAAAACCAAUAGACAAAAUAUUAUGGAAGAUCCUUUCAUUAGAGAGCAUAUUGAAGAUCUUUUAAGAAAUAUUCGAACUCAAGUUCUUAUAAAACUUAUCAAGCCAUAUACAAGGAUUCAUAUUCCUUUUAUUUCUAAGGAACUUAACAUUGAUGCAACAGAAGUAGAAAAUCUUUUAGUAUCCUGCAUCUUAGAUAAUACUGUAAAUGGAAGAAUAGAUCAAGUCAAUCAAGUACUUGAGUUGGAACGUGAGUCAACAGGCACAGCUCGUUACAAUGCAUUGGAUAAAUGGACAUGCCAGUUACAGAGUCUUCAUCAAGCUGUUAUAAGCAAAAUUGCAUAGCAGGCGGUUUCAUAAGACUAGUAUAAAAAACUGUAAAAAAAAACAACAACAACAAAACCCAGAAGAAAAUAAGUUAUCGUCUCAUAUGCAUUUGUCUUUACAGAAUACUAAUCUAUUAAAAAAAAAAGAUCAUGUUAUGAUCUCCCAAGUGCAGAGUUGCUAAGAAUAAACCUGUAAAAAUUUAAAUACUGAUGUGUUUUUUCACAAAGCUGAUUAUAAGCAUUGACUAAAGCUGUAGCCACUAAGUUAACUAUUAACUUGUUUUUCUUUUUCUUUACAUUUUCUGAGUGUAACUAUCAGUAUAUUUUAAAUUGAUGAUACAUUUUUUUGUCAAUGUUAUCACCAUAAGUUGACCUAAGUUCCUGAAUAAUAUAAUAAACCAACCGGUUUGUUGAUUUUGAGUUUCCCAAGUCACCUAUCUGGGCAAGUUGGCCUGAGUGCUGAAUGUUACCUAAAUAUAAGGCAUCUUUAAUAAUUCUGUGCAUCAAAUCCUUUAAUGUUGAUAAAUAUUUCUGACUAAACAAGUCCUGUUGAAACAGUGUGUCUUUAUUUGUGCAAGUGUUUGUUUAGUUUUUUGAGUUGCAUUUGGUUGAGUUAUAAAAAAAAAUUAUUAAAACUUGUAUUUCAAGUUGUACUUUCAAACUGUACUGUCUGUUAAGUUAUUAAGACUGAGAGUGUCUCUUAUUUCUUGCAUGUUGAAAACAUUUUUUCCCCAUUGUAUAUUAAGUUUUAAAAAAAGCUGAUUGAACUGAAUGAUGUUUUUUUUUUUAAUUUUUACAUAGACAUGUUGUUUAUCUUCCUUUUUUUUCCUUUAAUUGUUUUUUAAAUGAAAUAAAGGCGAUUAGAAAACUGGAUGUGAGUUUGGCAGGAACAGAAUGAAAGUCUUAUUAGAAUGUUGAUGUCAUUUUUUUAAAUCAUAAUUAAAAAGCUGAGGUGCUUUCA